ACCGAACACUCAAUUAUCAUUUUAAACUCAUAACCAAACACCUUUCAUCUUCUUUCUCAUUCUGUUAGAUGCCAUGGCUGAUCUGCCAUAGCUAAUCCAUAUCCAUGGACCCCAGCCACCCCAUAUCCUCCUUCCACCAGAUCCCCCCACACUCCCGCAUCAGAGGAUUUGCUCUCUCUUUCGUUCUUUCUCUUCGAAUCAACAUUAAAAGGAAGUGGCCGUAUGCAAUCGACGCCGAUGAUGACAUGGUUUCCAGCGAAGGGCAGGGAAGUGGUUCUGGCCAGUCGGAAUCUAAGUGUUGGUCGUUUAAGUUCACGCCGUCGAGGAGAGCAAGUUCUGCACAUGUACAAUAUGAAGAUGAAGUUGAUGAUGAGGAUACUAUUACUCUGCUUCCUCAGCUGCUUCUGGUUUCAGCUGUCCUUUGCUCAAAAUGCUACCACUGAUCCGUCUGAAGUGAGGGCGUUGAACUCAAUAUUUCAACAAUGGGACACACAAGCAGUGCCGGGGCAGUGGAAUAUCAGUGGAGAACCCUGCAGUGGAUCUGCCAUCAACGGCACCGACAUUGGUAGCCGCGAUUUCAACCCAGCCAUCGUUUGCAACUGUUCUUACGACAACAAUGCUACUUGCCACAUCACCCAACUGAAAGUGUAUUCUCUUAACAAACGAGGGGUGUUUCCAGAAGAAUUUGAGGCUCUGAGAUAUCUCACAUUUUUGUGGAUCAAUCAGAAUUAUUUCACCGGUCCCCUACCGGCAUUCAUUGGCAAUAUGUCUGCAUUGAUUGUAUUGUCAAUUAGAAUCAAUUCAUUCUCUGGGCCCAUCCCCAAGGAGCUUGGAAACCUUAAGGAGCUAACUGUGCUGAGCAUCGGAACAAAUAAUUUCUCCGGAACACUCCCUCCAGAACUUGGUAAUUUAGUCAAGCUCGAGCAACUCUACAUAGACAGCUGUGGACUCAGUGGUGAAAUUCCUUCAACAUUUGCCAAGCUCACCAACAUGCGAGUCGUCUGGGCAUCGGACAAUCCUUUCUCAGGAAAGAUACCUGAUUUCAUAGGGAAUUGGACACAACUCCUUCAUUUGGAAUUUCAAGGGAACUCUUUCGAAGGCCCAAUACCAACCAGCUUUUCUCAACUGACCUCAUUGAACUAUCUGCUAAUCAGUGAUAUAUACAAUGGGAGCUCCUCUCUUGAUUUCAUAAAAAAUCUGAAAAACUUGACUGAAUUAGGACUACGAAACGCAUUAAUCACUGGUACCAUCCCAUCUGAUAUUGGAGAAUAUCAAAGUCUAAAGACACUGGAUCUGAGUUUCAACAAUUUGACAGGCCAACUCCCAAGUUUUUUGUUCAACAUGCGUUCUCUUAAAUCCUUGUUUCUUGGAAACAAUAGUCUCUCCGGAUCUCUUCCGAGCCGAAAGAGCGAUCAACUUCAGGCUAUAGAUUUCUCUUACAAUUUUUUAUCAGGAAGCUUUCCCCGGUGGGUGACCACAAUACCGCAACUGAACUUAGUGGUCAACAACUUCACAUUUGACAGUUCAAACAUAACUCUUACUGGAUUGAAUUGCCUCCAGAGAAAUUUUCCAUGCAAUCGAAAUACCCCGCGAUAUGCAAACUUCUCAAUCAACUGUGGUGGACCGCAAAUGAUGGGACGUGAUGGCAUAUUGUAUGAGACUGAAGACUCAGCUCUUGGCCCAGCAACAUUCAGUGUAACCAGUACAGAGAAAUGGGCUGUCAGCAAUGCCGGUUUGUUUUUUGAAACAGAGAACCCACCGUUUCUGGUUAAGACCCAUGCACAAGUCACCGGAACAGAUGUGACCCCGGAGCUUUUCCAGACUUCAAGAGUGUCCCCAGGAUCACUGAGAUACUAUGGCCUGGGCCUUGAGAAUGGGCCCUACACUGUAACAUUGUACUUUGCAGAGACGGUUUAUGAAAGUCGCACUUCGCAAACUUGGCAAAGUCUAGGACGGCGUGUAUUUGAUAUCCAUAUUCAGGGUACCCGCAGGACGAAGGACUUUGACAUAUCGAAGGAGGCAGGUGGUGUUAAGCGAGCAGUUGUGAGAAAAUUUAAUGUUAGCGUGUCAGAGAAUUAUCUUGAAAUUCAUCUGUUCUGGGCUGGUAAAGGGACUUGUUGCAUCCCCGAUUAUGGCGAUUUUGGCUAUUCCAGCGAUUACACCAAUUGCGGCGAUUACGGCCCACUAAUAGCAGCUGUCCAUGCUGCUUCAGAUUUUACACCAACAGUUUCCGGGCUUCCACCAACUACUCCAGGAAAGAAGAGCAAGAUUGGGUUGAAAGUCGGUAUUGCAGUUUCUGUUGGAGCUAUGAGCUUGCUAUUAAUAUUUGCGAUUCUAUAUAUGAGGAGGAAAAAAUCAGAAAAAGAAGACGAUGAAGAUAUUCUAGGACUAGGCCCCCGGCCAUAUACUUUCAGUUAUGCUGAAUUGAGAGCUGCAACUGAAGAUUUUAAUCCUUCAAAUAAGCUAGGAGAGGGAGGAUAUGGCCCCGUUUAUAAGGGUACACUUUCUGAUGGUAGAGUAGUGGCUGUGAAGCAACUUUCAGUAGCAUCUCACCAAGGGAAGAGUCAAUUUGUAUCUGAAAUUGCUACCAUAUCUGCUGUGCAACAUCGGAAUCUAGUGAAAUUGUAUGGAUGCUGCAUCGAAGGCAGCCACUGCAUUUUGGUUUAUGAGUAUCUUGAAAACAAGAGCCUUGAUCAGGCACUUUUUGGAACAAGUAACUUGCACCUUGACUGGCCUACUCGAUUCAAUAUAUUGUUGGGAACAGCAAGAGGACUUGCUUACCUUCAUGAGGAGUCAAGGCCAAGGAUUGUACAUCGAGAUGUCAAAGCGAGUAAUAUUUUGCUCGAUGAAAAACUCUCCCCAAAAAUAUCAGAUUUUGGACUGGCAAAGCUUUAUGAUGACGAGAAAACCCACAUCAGCACCCGGGUUGCAGGGACAAUAGGCUAUUUGGCACCGGAGUAUGCAUUGUUUGGACAUUUGACAGAGAAGGUUGAUGUGUUUGGUUUUGGAGUCGUUGUUUUGGAGAUCCUCAGCGGGAAACCAAACUCUUACAAUAACUUGGAUCCAGAAAAGAUUUAUCUUCUUGAAUGGGUAUGGACUCUACAUGAAAACGACCAAACUCUGGGGCUGGUGGAUCCGAGAUUGACAGAGUUUGAUGAAACUGAAGCAACUAGAUUGAUAAGAGCAGCUCUCCUGUGCACGCAGGGAUCACCGAUGGCAAGGCCAUCUAUGACACGCGUGGUUGCAAUGCUCUCUGGAGACAUUGACAUAGGCACUGUCAUGUCAAAGCCAAGCUAUUUAACAGAUUAUAAUUUUCAAGAUGUAACAACAUUUUCAACAGGUAGAUUUUUGGUGGAGGAUGAUACCCCAUCAACUGCAUCCAAGCAUAGUAAUGUUCACCUCAACUAUCAUCCCGAAGGCAGCAAUGCAAGUGGUGCUAACACCCCCGGGGUUGACCCUACACCUUCUCCAGUAAACGUCACUCAAUCACUGCUCGCUGGUAUUAUAGGGGAAGGAAGGUGAUAAAUAAUGGGAAAUGAUUUCCGAACGCCUUUUAUCCUUUUGUGCACCCAUGUACUUGUCCUUGGGUCUUUUCUGCCUCUAAGGUUUUGGCUAUGAUGAUGUAUAUCUAAUAUAUCCUUGCAUUUCUAUUUGAAUUCA